GUAUUCAAACAAACAACCCAGGACUUGGCAGGGGAAGAAAGCCUGGCGAACAGCGCUGGCAUUUUGCGCCACCCUGACGCUCAUGCCGACUGGGUACGCGCUGGCGUGGCCCUGUACGGCGGCAGUCCCGAUUACCCCAAACACAGCGCCGCACAUUGGCAGUUGUUGCCGGGUAUGAGUUUGAGCAGUCAAAUCAUCGGUACGCAAAAUUUGCAGCCAGGGGACACGGUGGGUUAUGGCUCUACUUUUCGUGCAGAGCAGGCUAUGCGUAUUGGUCUAGUGGCCUGUGGUUACGCCGAUGGCUACCCGCGCCACGCCGCUACUGGCACGCCCAUACUGGUGCAUGGCAUACCCACCCGCACCUUGGGCCGU